UCCGGAGCGCCUGGGAAAGAAAGGUGAUGUUUGGCAACAGCAAAGUCCCUCACCUGGAUAGUGCACUUUUCUUUGUCGUACAUGCGACCCAGAUUGGAGUCCAGCCCCCACUGCAUUAGAAGAACCUUUGGUGCUGUGGCAUCUUUUCUUCAUUCUCUGUCUACCAGAAAAAGAUAACCUGGAGCAGUGAAUCCCUGAUGAUGAUAACAAAUGGUGUUUGCAUUUUGAAGACAACUCCACUACUCCAAAAAUAAGGAGUAACUCAUUAUAGGAGCAACUAGAAUGGCAUUGGAGACUUUCCCAACAUGCUGAGAACAUUUUAAGUACAUUUGUCAGUCUUUUCACAUUUGAGCUGAAGAAAACCUUAGGAGUUUAUAUUUGAAGACUGAGCGUGACUGCCCAAUUAUCAGACUUUCAAGAUGAAUCUGGAAAAACUCAGCAAGCCUGAACUGCUAACACUAUUCAGUAUUCUUGAAGGGGAGCUUGAAGCAAGGGAUCUUGUUAUAGAAGCUUUAAAGGCCCAACACAGAGAUACUUUCAUUGAAGAGCGCUAUGGGAAAUAUAAUAUCAGUGAUCCUUUGAUGGCUCUUCAGAGAGACUUUGAAACACUGAAGGAGAAGAGUGAUGGUGAGAAACAACCGGUCUGCACAAACCCACUCUCCAUUCUUAAGGUGGUGAUGAAGCAGUGUAAGAAUAUGCAGGAGCGCAUGCUGUCCCAGCUGGCAGCUGCUGAGAGCAGACACCGAAAGGUGAUCCUGGACCUUGAGGAAGAAAGGCAAAGACAUGCACAGGACACAGCUGAAGGAGAUGAUGUCACCUAUAUGCUGGAGAAGGAGAGAGAGAGACUGACUCAACAGUUGGAAUUUGAAAAGUCCCAAGUGAAAAAGUUUGAAAAAGAGCAGAAGAAACUGUCCAGUCAGUUGGAGGAGGAACGUUCCCGCCACAAACAGCUCUCCUCCAUGCUAGUGCUUGAGUGCAAGAAAGCCACCAGCAAGGCAGCUGAGGAGGGGCAGAAGGUAGGAGAGCUGAGCCUGAAACUGGAGAAGGAGAAGAGCCGGGUAAGUAAGCUGGAGGAAGAGCUGGCGGCUGAGAGGAAGCGGGGCUUGCAGACCGAGGCCCAGGUGGAGAAGCAGUUGUCUGAGUUUGACAUUGAAAGAGAGCAGCUGAGAGCAAAACUGAAUCGAGAAGAGAACCGGACCAAAACUCUCAAAGAAGAGAUGGAAAGUUUGAAGAAAAUUGUUCAGGACCUAGAGGCGUCCCAACAGCCCAGUAGCUGUCAUGAGCCUUCAAAGAAACCAGUCACCAUGUCUAAAAGCACAUCGACUGAGUCUUCCAUGCUAGUAUCUGUGUCUUGCCAAACGGAGAGUUUUCAGGCAGAAAGAGCCCAUGGGAGCAAUAUGGCCAAAGUAACAGCCACUGGGCUAUCUGGUCCCACCACACCUACUUACUCUUAUGCAAAAACCAAUGGCCAUUUUGACCUAGAGAUGCAAACUACCAAGGAGUUGGCUACAGGCAGUAGUGUAGAAAACCAAGUGCCUCCACGAGAAAAACCUGCGGGGGUGACCCAAGAGAAAGUGGUGGAGAAUGGUGGGUGCCCUGUGGGAAUGGACACUUCCAUCCCAACACCUAGUCAUCUCCCUUCCAGCGGCAGCUCUCUGUCUCCCAGCAGCACUGCUUCCUCCUCUCUCACAUCCUCCCCGUGCUCUUCACCAGUACUAACUAAGCGCUUACUGGGUUCAUCUGCCAGCAGCCCCGGCUACCAGUCAUCCUACCAGGUAGGGAUCAACCAGCGGUUCCAUGCAGCUCGGCACAAAUUUCAGUCCCAAGCUGAUCAGGACCAGCAUUCCAGUGGUCUCCAAAGUCCUCCGUCCCGGGAUCUGUCCCCUACCCUCAUAGACAACUCUGCCGCCAAGCAGCUGGCCCGCAACACUGUCACUCAGGUGCUCUCCAGAUUCACCAGCCAACAAGGGCCAAUCAAACCUGUCUCUCCCAACAGCUCACCCUUUGGCACAGACUAUCGAAAUCUGGCCAACACUGCCAACCCACGAAAUGAUACUAGCCAUUCGCCUACUCCAGGGAAAGUGUCCAGUCCUCUGAGCCCCCUGUCUCCAGGGAUCAAGUCCCCUACUAUCCCCAGAGCAGAGAGAGGAAAUCCUCCACCCAUCCCACCCAAAAAACCCGGUCUCACAAGCCCUUCUCCAUCUUCUACCGCUCCACUGACCAAAACUCAUUCCCAGGCAUCCUCUCUGACCACCACCGAAGACCUCGCUGGCAGCUGCUCUUCUAAUGCUGCUGUAGCCAAUGGCAAGGACGUUGAGAUACUCUUACCUACCAGCAGCUAGUCCCCAGGAGGGAGUCUCUACAUGUGACAUUCCAUCAGAUUUCAUCCCAAGAGCUCAGAGUCAAACUGUUCGAGUCAAAUCAUGUUAUUUAUUUUGAUAGUAUGUGCAGCCAUGUGUAUAAUACAUUGAGUGUGCAUUUCACCUUUUUGUAUUUUUUUAAGUAGAAACUUGAGUAGGUUGGAUUUUUAUGACUCACAUCUUUGUACUAAAGCUGCAAGGGCACCUCAAGGAUAUCUCAAGCUCAACAGUCACCAUCACAUUGCGAUAGAGAAAGCUAAUUGAGUACUAGGUGGUGAUUUGCUGUCUGCUUUGGGACCAGAGUCACUUAACAGUCAUUUUGAAUUAUGCAGAAGUGGUUCAUGCAGAUUUUUAUUCCAGAUGAACAUUUUUUUAAAAGUGCCUGAAAUAAGACUGCCAAAUGAAUGUGAUUCUGCAGCUAAAACACAAAGCAGAUCAUUUGAUUGCAGAAAAUGAGAUCCUCUGUGAAUUCUGAAUGUUAAAAACCAACACUGCUUUUAACUCUAUUUUACUCUCUUUAAUACAAGCCUUGUGUUCAGAAACAAGGCUGCAUAUGUAGAAUGGGAAUCGUAAAGGUGGUGUGAACUUAGCACAAAGCUGAGCUUUCUUUGUUGAGAAACUCUCCUAAGCAGUAAGUAGUUGGGGUGCUGAUUAUCUUGUACUUUUAAAAAACUAAAUCACUCCCAGUUUCCUGCAUCCUUGAGUCAAAAGAAGUCAUAUCUCCAUUCAAACAAUGUCUUCAGGCAUCUACUGUUGUGUAAGGAACUUCUGAUUCCACUUGCUAGUACUUGAAUAGGAAAUGGUAACUCAUUCUGUGUAACAGUGCCACAGAAUGAGAUCUUUAUAAUCAAAAAGCAAUAACUUAAAAUUCACUCUUUGUAGUAUUAUAAGUCAGAAUUAUAGGUUUUACCAAUUUGUUACACUUACUCUCCAAGCUGCCAACACUUGGUGUCUUUAUCUGUGGAACCAAAAUAACUUUUGCCUAAAUGAAAGUAAUAUUUGUUUAAAUGUACACCCCCCUUUACAUGUCUGGCAUACACACUUAAACACAUAAAAAUUAGUGUGAUCAUAUCUUUAGAGUUUGCAAUAUAGCAUAAAGGAUGAGUAGAAAUGCACAUUAAGAUUACCUACCAAAGCAACCAUGGCUGGGACUCAGUGAUUCAAGGGAAAAAUCUUGUCCACAGGAAAGGGGAGAAAUUCUGUAUUAUGCAUCUUAGGCAUCAUAAAGCAGCAGAGCCAAACUCGGCCCAGUGCCACAGAAUUCAGCUGGUCAUAUAUAUGAAUGACUUAAACAGGUCACUCGUUUAAGUGAUGGGAGACAGUUGGGAAUAGUGGGAGCUGAAACAAACUGAAGUGCCCACAUCCCGCUGAGAAGGGCCACCCUGUGACAGCUCUGCUGUUUGUUGCCAUGCCAGGAUGAACCAGACCAGGGUUACUGUGUCUUUUUUUCCUAAAGUCCAUUUGUGAAUAUCAAGAAUUAAUUCACACAACUUUAAACACUGCUGAUUAAACAAACACUUCUGCAGCUGGAGCUGGCUCACAAGCUGCCGAGUUGCAACCUCCUCCACUCUAGAAACUUCUAUCAUUUCCAUCACACUGAGACUGUAAUGACAGAAGCUUCCAGAGUCCUCAACUUUUUUUAGCUAAUGGAGCUAACAAAGUUUAUUGAAUACUAUGAUUUCUCCCUCUGCCCUCCUGUUGAGCAGUAUUGCCCACAGCCCCACUCAGAUGCCAUUGUUAUGUGAUUUUGUGUCCACAGGGAUGGAGAAAGCAUGGUAUCAGUCUUAUACAUUCUCAGCCAUAUGUCAGCAGCCUCAAAAACCUCCUAUUAUAAUUUAAAUAUCUUCCCUCUUAGUCCAAUAUGAGUGAUAGGAGAAGAGGCAGGUGAUGUGUAUAUACUGUGUAUAUAAGUCACAGUAGAGUAUAUUGGUCUCUCCACAGCCUAUAGUUUGAUUAAGGUCUGUACAUAAAAAGUAAAAAACUAUUAUAUUCUAGCUGUGUGUACAGAAAUGGUGGAGGUACUUUAAAAUAAUCCAGAGCAGUAAAUCAUGCACUAAACUUUAUUCUCAUGCCUAGCCAAGCAAAUAGUGUUGAUAAAAAUAGUUGAACCUUCUAAACAAAAGUGGUUGUAGUCCCUGAAUAUUGUUACCUCUCUUGCUUUAAAUGGUAAUCUUAAAAGUUGCAUUAUACUCUUCCCUUUUUUGGAAUAUAUAUAUAUAUAUAUAUAUAUAUAUAUAUAUAUAUAGAGAGAGAGAGAGAGAGAGAGAGAGAGAGAUACUAUAAGGAAGUUAUUUCUUAGGAAGUGCACUGAAUAAUGUAUUUCUUUUACAGUGUAAUAUGGGGGUGGGGAAAUGCAAAGGAAAUAAUGUAUUUUUGCUAGUUGCCUAUCUUCUGAGAUAAAUAAGCACAAUACUGUAAUGGAUCCAAUAAUCCAGUUUGGUAUUAUAGAUUAGUAUUUAAGUUUACUGUAUAUAGAUUGAGUGUGUGUUAAGUAAAAGCACCAUGAUUCACAAUUUUGAUAAUUAACCCAUGUUGCAGAAGCUGUAUUACUGGUUGACAUAAUGAUGUGUAACAUAACACAAACAUUAACUAGUUAACAUUUGUAAAGCCAGAUGUACCAUGCAGAAACCUUUAUUCAUUUUUUAUAGGAGAAUACAUUAAAGCAAAUUAAAUUA